AUGUCUUUUCAAGCACAGGGGCAAGGCUUUGACGCGCCGUCGUCGGCAAACUCUCCGGUCGAUCAACAGAUUCAUGAAAACAUCCUCAAGUACGACAGCAGUGCUUACGCUUUGAUCGAUAGGCUGCUACGUCAGGAGCAACAGUCCAACCAUUACCAAUCGCAGCUCGAGUCUAGAAUCUAUAGUGAUGCGGCAGAAUACCACAAGCUACGAGCUCACUCUCAACAAUUGGAAAGACUGGUUAUCGCAAUACAACACCAAAGAUCACAGCUCGAGUCAUCUGUUACUUACACAACAGAGGCCUGUCGUGUGGCAUGUCAGAAUCUAGAACUGGAAAGAAACAAGGUGCAGCAGCUUGAAUCCCGUCUCAAUGAUUUGCAGCCAGGCAUUGCAUCUUUACUGCAGAAACUUGGAGAACAAGAGGCCAACAAUAAGUGGCCUAAUGGAAAAGAGAAGGACAACGGCAUGGCACUAGAGAAUCAAUACCAGCGCGAGUUAAUCACGCACCUGCAGUCUACACUUUAUGCGCGUGACCGGACGGUAGAGGAGCUCAAAGAAACUCUAGACCGAAAGGUGAGCGAGGAACAAACUGCCAACGUCAAUGAGGCCGAGGAAGACAUCACAACCAAUGAGCUUCAUGAUUGCUCAUCGGAAGGGUCAUGUAUUGAAAUUGUGAUCUAG